GGCACCGGACCAAUGUGAAGGCUGUCAGCCUUAAAUCCGCCUCCUUCUCCUCCCUCCCGGCUGCGUACAUCUCGCCGGAUUGACCGAGGCAGCCGCCAAUGCGUUGCCCAUCUUCGUGAAGUAGAGACAUAACCGAAAGCAUGCCGCUGGCUCGCAGCCUCUCCGUCACGUCCCUCUCGGGGAUGGAGGAUUGGGACGAGGAGUUUGAGUUGGAGGACGCAGUUCUUUUUGAAAUUGCGUGGGAGGUCGCUAACAAAGUUGGAGGCAUCUACACCGUCAUCCAGACCAAAGCCCGUCUGACCGCGGAGGAAUGGGGGGAGAACUAUUUCCUGGUGGGCCCUUACGUGGAGAGCAACGUGCGCACUCAGGUGGAGCUGAUCGAGCCCACCAACCCCGUGCUGAAGAGAACCAUUGACAAGAUGAACUCCAGUGGGUGUAAGGUCUACUUUGGACGCUGGCUCAUCGAGGGAAGUCCCUACGUUGUUCUGAUCGACGUUGCCUUUACCGCCUGGUCUCUUGACAGCUGGAAGAGGGAACUGUGGGACCUCUGUGACAUCGGCGUGCCGUGGUUUGACCGCGAGGCCAACGACGCCGUGCUGUUUGGCUUCCUCACUGCCUGGCUCCUGGGAGAGUACGCAGCCCAGAGUGAGGAGCCCCCGCACAUCGUGGCCCAUUUCCACGAGUGGUUGGCCGGCCUGGGCUUAGUGUUGUGUAGACACAGACAGCUGCCCGUCGCAACCAUCUUCACCACCCAUGCCACGCUGCUGGGGCGAUACCUGUGUGCCGGAAGUGUGGACUUCUAUAACAAACUUUCAGAGUUCAACCUGGAUAAGGAAGCAGGCGACAGACAGAUUUACCACCGCUACUGUCUGGAGCGGGCGGCUGCUCACUGUGCUCAUGUCUUCACCACAGUGUCACAGAUCACAGCCAUUGAGGCGGAGCACCUGCUCAAGAGGGCACCAGACAUCGUCACUCCUAACGGGCUCAACGUGAAGAAGUUCUCCGCUGUGCACGAGUUCCAAAACCUCCACGCUCAGAGCAAGAAUCGGAUUCAGGAGUUCGUCAGGGGACACUUCUACGGGCACCUCGACUUCAACCUGGACAAGUGCUUGUUCCUCUUCAUUGCCGGAAGGUAUGAGUUCUCCAACAAAGGAGCCGACAUCUUCUUGGAAGCUUUAGCCAGACUCAACUAUCUUCUGAGGGUCAAUCACAGUGACGUGACCGUGAUUGCGUUCUUCAUCAUGCCAGCUCGGACAAACAACUUCAAUGUGGAGACCUUGAAGGGCCAAGCAGUCAGGAAACAACUCUGGGACACUGCUCAGACUGUGAAGGAACGUUUCGGAAAGAAACUAUAUGAAUCACUUCUAGUUGGGCAGCUGCCAGACGUGUCCAAGAUUCUGGACAAGGACGAUUUGACCAUAAUGAAACGCGCCAUCUUCGCGACUCAGAGGCAGUGCCAGCCUCCGAUCUGCACCCACAACAUGCUGGAGGACAGCGGCGACCCCAUCCUGAACUGCGUCCGCCGCAUCGGCCUCUUCAACAGCUCCGCCGACCGCGUCAAGAUUAUCUUCCAUCCUGAGUUCCUUUCGUCUACCUCUCCUCUCCUUCCAAUGGAUUACGAGGAGUUUGUAAGAGGCUGCCACCUGGGCGUCUUCCCCUCUUACUACGAGCCGUGGGGCUACACACCUGCGGAGUGCACAGUUAUGGGGAUUCCCUCGAUCUCAACUAACCUGUCAGGCUUUGGCUGUUUCAUGGAAGAGCACAUAGCCGACCCCUCCGCAUAUGGUAUCUACAUCCUUGACCGUCGGUUUCGGGGGGUCGACGAGUCGUGUAACCAGCUCACGUCCUUCCUGUUUCAGUUUUGCAAGCAGAGCCGCCGUCAGCGGAUCAUCCAGAGGAACCGGACUGAGCGUCUGAGCGAUCUUUUGGACUGGAGAUAUCUCGGCAGGUAUUACAUAGCUGCCCGUCACAUGGCUCUGGCCAAGGCCUUCCCUGACGAUUACAUGUAUGAACUUCAUGAGCCCACCUCAACCUCGGGUUUCCGUUACCCUCGACCAGCCUCCGUGCCUCCCUCUCCAGCGCUGUCCCGCCAUUCUUCCCCCCAUCACAGCGAGGGUGAGGACGAAGAGCGCUACGACGAGGACCUGGAGGCAGAAAAGGACCGGCUAAACAUCCGCCAGCCCACCGCUCUGCCAUUCAAAAAUAAGUCUUCGGUUGUUCUGGGGGCCAAUGGAAACGGUGGUUUUGCGAAAAACUGAGAGCUGAAUAGAUUUAUAUAUACAUGCUGAACCUCACUAGUGAAACUGUCGCAAUCGUUUUAAGUCAUCUUUGUACUAUAUAGCUGUGUGAAUGAGUCACAUUUAAUAUCUGCCCGUUGUGAAAUUUGCCUCACUGUCAGUGUCUUCCAAACCUGUUUGUACCUCAGAGUUUUAUGAAAAUAGCUGUUCGUUUGCUAUUUUUCUGGUAUUGUUUCAGUUCCACCAGCAGUGCAGCCAGUGAUGUGAUUUACUUUGAGGAGUAAAUGCAGCAGCUAGAAAGGGCUAAAUGACAGCUCGACAUUCAUCAAUGGCUGACUUUUGUAGUGUUAACACCUGACAACACACUGUAGGUUUAAAACAAUAAUGGAGGAUUAUUUAGAGUAGCUGGGAGUUGUUUUUCUAAUACUUGACGUGGGUCAGAGCAGGGAUGGAUUACAACCCUCCUUUAUGUCAGAGGUUAAUCUGGACUAACCAAAGCUAAUUUCCCUGUUUAAGACUCAUGUGACGACUGUCCUUUGCGCUUAGUACCAGUUCUUUACUUGCGUUUGGCCUAAAACUGUGAUGGCGACAAUGCAGAGCUUCGAAAAGAACUGUCCACCUUGUAGCAUCUUUUCUCUUCUUUCUUUCAAAUGCCUUGAUCACUACACAUCUUCUCAGAAUGGAAAUGUAAAACAAAUAGCAUCAGAAACCCCGUAAAACAUUUUUGUUUUCUCAUUCUGAGAAUAGUUUGUGUUAUUUCAUCUUUGUUCUGUACAUUAUUGUAUUGCAGCCAUUCAGUGGCAAUCACCAAUUCACAAACCUCACCCUCUUUAUCCGUCUGCUUCCUUGGUUGCCUGUUUCAAAAAGUAUUAUAAUAGAGGUGUGCAGGGGAAUGAGGUGCUAACAAUGUUUUUGGAGAAAAGACGUAAGAGAUGUCGGAAUUUGUCAAGACUCUAGGCUUGUUGCAAUAGAAGAGGAAAAUGAUGUGACCAUGCACAUACGCCCCCUCUUGAGAGUUUUAUCUGUUACAAUCAGAAUAACUAAUAAAGAUAAAAUGUAUGUGUAUAGCUA